AUGGCUCCUCUUAUAGAAGAAAACAUUUCUGCCUUUGAAGCCACCUAUGGCAUCCUUGAUGAUGUCAAGCUUAGGGUGGCUAAGCCUAAUGAGGCUCUUCCCUUUCUUAGGGUUAGGAAGAUUGGGGAGGUUAGCCAAUCUGACCUAUUUGUAGGUUUUGAGGUAGGAGUCUUCCAUAGUGUCCCAAGGGAUGACUCCACAAUAAUGGAUCUAAAUGUUAUGAGAAUUGCAAGAGGAGUGAUUCUUCCUCCUAACCUAAUUGUUAUUGAAAAUAUGACAACAAGGUUACUUGAAAUUCCAUCCAGCAGAUGGUGA